AUGGGCACCGCCAUGGACGAUGUCGAGAAAGACCUUGCACCUCUACCAGUGGUCAGGCCUGUCACCAGUCUUGACAGCGCGACCUCUUGUAUCGCUGACAGUGGCGCGAUCAUAACAACGCCGAAUGCAUCGCGGCCGUCCUUUUGGACGCGCCUUGGCGUCACGCCAGAAUCAUUCCGACGCCGGACGGCCGACGAUGAACACAACCAGCUCAACCAGACAUUGAAAAGCCGCCAUUUGAGCAUGAUCGCAAUCGGCGGCUCAAUCGGCGCGGGCUUGUUUGUGGGCUCGGGCAAAGCUUUGUCGACAGGCGGACCAGCAGCGUUACUUAUAGGAUUUGGUCUUAUUGGCGUGAUGAUGUUCAAUGUCGUCUAUGCACUCGGCGAGCUUUCCGCAUUGUAUCCCAUCUCCGGAGGCUUCUACACGUACUCUGCUCGGUUCAUCGACCCAAGUUGGUCCUUCGCCAUGGGCUGGAAUUACACCAUGCAAUGGGCCAUCGUCCUGCCUCUUGAACUCGUCGUGGCUGGCUUGACGGUAAACUACUGGGACACAGGCGUGAAUCCUGUGGCAUGGCAGAUGCUCUUUCUGGCUGUGAUUGUCCUGAUCAACGUUUUCGGCGUGUUGGGAUAUGCUGAGGAGGAAUUCUGGGUCUCGCUGCUCAAGUUGUCCACAGUUGUGAUCUUCAUGAUCAUCAGCCUCGUGAUGGUCCUCGGUGGUGGGCCGAGCAACGGCAAAUUUUCCGAGUACCAAGGUGCUAAGACCUGGCACGAUCCGGGAGCCCUCGCGCAAGGUUUCUUCGGCGUGUGUGCCGUCUUUGUCACAGCCGCUUUUGCCUUUUCCGGCACUGAGCUUGUUGGGUUGGCGGCUGCAGAGUCGAAAACGCCUCAGAAGUCACUGCCAGGAGCCAUCAAGCAGAUCUUUUGGCGCAUCACCAUAUUCUACGUCCUUGGACUUUUAUUUGUCGGGUUGUUGGUCCCGUAUAACGAUCGUCGCCUUCUCGGGUCAGGCGCCUUACUUGAUGUGUCAACCUCACCUUUCGUCAUUGUAGCGGUCGAUGCCGGGAUCCCGGCCUUUGGCGAUUUCGUGAACGCCGUCAUCCUUUGCUCAGUCGUCAGCAUUGGCCUGUCGGGCGUAUAUGGAGGUUCACGUACGCUGACGGCUCUAGCGGAACAAGGGUAUGCGCCUCGAAUGUUCAAAUAUGUCGAUCGUGCCGGCCGACCGCUCUAUUCGACACUGGCGAUCCUUGCUUUCGGUCCGUUGAGUUUGGUCACGCUUGCUAGAAGUGGUGUGGUCGUGUUCGAGUGGUUGCUGGCACUUUCCGGCUUAGCGGCAUUGUUCACAUGGGGCAGUAUAUGCCUGGCACACAUUCGCUUCCGCGCAGCGUGGAAACAUCACGGCCAUAAAGUCGACGAGCUGCCGUUCAAGGCCGCGUUUGGAGUAAUUGGGUCAUGGAUUGGGUUUAUUCUCAUCGUCCUUAUCCUGAUCGCACAGUUCUACGUCGCCGUCAAACCUCUCAAAGUUGAAGCAUUCUUCAAGUCCUACCUCGCCGUCUUCAUUGUCAUCUCCUUCUACGUCAUCGGCUACAUCUGGAAGCGGAGAGCGUGGAUCAGAAUUUCGGACAUCGAUGUUGACUCGGGCCGUCGGGAGGUGGAUUUCCAAGAGCUCGAGCGUGCGCUGAGCGAACGGCGAUCGUGGCCGGCCUGGAGGAGAGUUCUGGACAAAUUCGUUUAG